AUGUUCAUACAAAAUGAAUGGAGAAUUAUGAACAAAAUAUUUCUCAUUCAUGUAGCUCAUGAAUACUUCAAGAGGUCCCCCUAUUAUAAAAUUAUCAUAUUAUUUGUAUCAUAUAUUCUGUCCUUAUCUUGUUUGAUUAAAUCUUUUACGAUCAUUUUGUAUGUAGAUGUCUAUAUAAAAAAAUAUAACGACUUAGAAUUUGAAGAUGUUACUGAUGAGGUUGUAGAGGUGCUGGAUUCUUCUGGCGACCAUGAUGAUUUUGCCUUAACAGAUUUGGCAAAGGAACAUCAUAAGGAAUUCCACCGAACCUUAAAUUAUGCUGAAUCAUUAGAAAAGGUUCUCAAUGAAGACAUGGAAACAGAAGAUGGAGGAAGUGUGUAUGUAGACACAGAAGAUAGUUGA